AUGACAUCAAUGGUUGUGACAAUUGAUGACAUUUUGGAUCAAUUGUGGAGUGAAAACAAACGACUUCUCAAAGAGUUAUUGUUUGCAAACAAAUGGAUGAAUAUUUUGGAUGAAUUGAAAUCAGAAUUGAAUUUGAUUUACAAGAAGUUUGAGACACAACUGAACACUGAAGACAAGUUCAACCAAUUAAGACAUCAAUUGAAUUAUAUUUGCGAUCAAAGACGAGAUAAAGGAUUGCAUUUAAAUGAUGUCAACUUAGAUGAAGAUAAUGAACAAAGAUUUAAAUCAAAGACAACAAUGAAUGACAUAAGUAGUGAUAAUAUGAAUUAUACACAAGAUUUUGACAUUGAUUUGGAAGAAGAUAUCAAUGAAGAAAAUAGACGAAACAAAACAAAUCAAGUGAUGGAUAAUAGGAUCCAAUUAAAUGAUAAUAUCAGACGUGAAGAAAAUGAAAAUGUAAUUCAAAUAAAUCAAUCAAAUAAUACAGAAAUUAUAGAAAAUGAGACCAAAGAUGACCACAUAUUAGGAGAACAAUUGAAUGAAAGAGAARAUAGAGAUAAUAAUAUUUUGAGACUUCAAUCAAACAAUAAGACAAUUAAUCUUUCAUUGAUUUGUAAUAAAAAAGAUAAUAUUAUUGAAUACAARUGUCUGGACUGUGACAACAAAUUUCUGACACGAAAUGCUUUAACAAAUCACAUGUUUAACAGUCAUAAAAAACUAUUAGUAUUUCAAGAAAAUUGUAUUAAUCAACAAAAGGCUGAUUUGCUGACAAAGAAGUGUAAAAAUAUGGACAAUAAGGAGACUUGUGUCGUGAAUAAUAAUAAAAUCAAUGAAAAACGUUUAACUAAACAGACUAACAAUAAAGUGAGAUCAGCUCGAAAUAACCGCAAAGUUAUUAUAAGUAAUGGAUUCUUUGACUCGACAACCAAUWCAUAUAUUUGUCGACUAAAUAAUUGUAACAAAUCUUWYAAAAAUAAGAAGACAUUUUUGUCGCACCAAAAGACAUGUAAACCCGGAACCGUUAAAAAGAUGAAAAUGAUUUUCGAUAAAAAUAGUGGAAAAUAUAAAUGUCGUUACGAUGGCUGCGAUAAGAAAUAUUCACUGAAAGGCACUCUGAGAGACCACGAGAGAAGAACUCACGAAAGGGAUACAACAAAGUGGUUGUAUUGUCAGUACACUGACUGUCAGUUUCAAUGUUUUAGCGAAUUUCAAAUGAAACAACAUCUCAAUGGCAAACAUUCGGACGUUAAGACAUUUGUCUGUUCCUACAGUGGAUGUACUAAAGCAUACAAAAGAUUACAAUAUUUACAAAAACAUUCGCUUAUUCAUCAAAAUAUUGUAAUCAGAUGUGAAGUCGAUGGCUGUCAACGAAAGUUCAGACAUAAAACUGAUUUAACAAAACAUAUGGUCGAACACAGCAGUGAACCGACACUCGUAUGUCGGGUAAAGGGAUGUCUGGAAAAAUUUUUUACCAUUAAUGAGCGUAAAAAGCAUCUAAAGUUGAUUCAUAAUAUAGCAUUUAUUAAGCAAAUGAAACGAUGCGAUUGGCCCGGCUGUGAAUAUUUCGGUAAAAUAUUGGCCAGUCAUAUGCAGAUUCAUACGGGAGAGAAACCAUAUCCGUGUGUUUGGCCACAAUGUGGCAAACGGUUUAGGGAUUCGGGUAAACUUAACAAUCAUAUGAAUAUACAUAACAAUGUUAAACCGUAUGCGUGUCGUUGGCCCGGUUGUGACUACCGGUGCGCUCAUCAUUCAAAUAUUAGCAAACAUAUUAAACAAGUGCACAAAACACAAUCAUCGGUACAAUGA